AUGGCCUCCCAAUCUAUAGUGCUGGAAGAGUCGAGCUCUUCCGGGUUAUCACCGAAAUAUGCGGGGCUCGCAGUCAACGCCGUACGCUUGAUGAGCACCUUGGAUGCUGCUUGUGGCUGGGGAAGCACACCGGACGGGGGCAUGAACCGCCUCUCCCUAAACAACGACGAUAAGAAGGUCAGAGAUUGGUUUAUCGAAGAGACCGCAAAAUAUGGCUGUCACCACAAGGUCGACGAAAUGGGAAAUAUAUUCGCCAUUCGACCUGGACAGAACAACAGCCUGCCUCCUAUCGGACUAGGUUCUCAUCUGGAUACUCAACCAACUGGCGGGAAAUACGACGGAAUAUUGGGGGUUAUAUCCGGAAUCGAGGUUCUCAAGGUCCUUCACCAGCAUCAGAUUACCUCGUAUGCUCCCGUGGCGGUGGUGAACUGGACAAAUGAAGAGGGUGCUCGCUUCCCACCUGCAAUGCUGUGUUCUGGAGUCUGGGGAGGUGCUUUCACUGUUCCAUGGGCCCAUGCAAGGGCCGAGCUCGAAGGCCAUACGACGCUGAAAGAAGAACUCCAACGAAUUGGAUACCUUGGAACAACGCCAUGCUCAUACGCUGCCAAUCCGCUUCUCGCCCAUUUCGAGGUUCAUAUCGAACAAGGGCCCAUUCUAGACAAAGCAGAGCAGGCAGCCGCAGUAGUGAAAGGCGUGCAGAGCAUUCGAUGGUACAAUGUGCAAGUCACCGGCCGAGAGGCACAUACCGGUACUACUCCCAUGGAAAGCCGAAGUGACGCUCUCCUUGGAGCCGCAAAGAUGAUUGUUGCUACCAAUCAGAUCGUGACCGAGGGUGAAUUAUUUGAACGCGGAGGUCGCGCAACUAUUGCUGUUAUCAAUUCCAUGCCUCAGAGUAUCAAUACAAUCGCAGGCAAUGUUAGGCUUGGCCUCGAUAUUCGAGCUCCCGCAGAUUCCGACGUGGAGCUGAUUGAAUCCCUGUGCAAGAAACGCUUCCAGGAGGUCUGCGAUGAGCAUGGCCUGAAAAUGGAAUUUGACAACUUCUGGGUUUCUCCGGCACUCAACUUCGACCCUACCAUGGUCCAGUGCGUAAGAGACUCGUGCAGCUCCAUUAGUUGCAACGGUAAAGAAUUGGUCAGCGGAGCUGGACACGAUAGUGUUUAUACCAGUCGCAAGGUGCCCACUGCUAUGAUCUUUGUGAGGUGUCGCGAUGGUGUCAGUCACAAUCCGACUGAAUAUUCAAGACCAGAAGAUUGUGCCGCUGGCGCUCAGGUUCUUCUUGGUGCUUAUCUGAGGUACGAUGAGCUUGUACGGAAAUCGACUGAAGCAAAGAUUUAG